UCCAUUCCGGCCAAAUUGACAGAAAGGGGAAAGAAUGAUCAUCUUCUCCAACUGCACGUUCCUGUCCACACCGCCCAAUCAAUCUCUCAGCCAUAUCAGUUUUAGUGCAUGAACGCCCCCUUGUUCACGAAUUCCUUCUUCUUCAUUUUUUGUUCUGUCGAUGAACUCAUUUUUCCCUGGUAAAUUUUAAACCUUCUUCUUCUUCUUCUUCUUCACAGAUAUAGUCUUAAAUAAUGGCAUGAUUUUGCAUACUCAAAUCUCAUCACAAGUUUUAAGAAAUCCUAAUAUAAAUAUUUUUAUUCACUUUCUCCGAUACUGUACUCUCUCAUUCAGCGCAUAAGGCAUACUAAGGCCGCCCCCCCCCCCCCCCCCCCCCCCCCCUCCCCGCGGGCGCCCGGGGGGCCCCCCUCCUCUCUCUCUCUCUCUCUCUCUCUCUCUCUGACACACACAGUAUCACGGCUUUUCUUUGUUUUCGCUAGUUCCCUGGAGCUCCACGGCAUCAUUUUAGGUGUCAAAAUAACGAAGAACAGCGAUCUUCCACGAAGUUGGGGAAAAUUGGCAUUUGGAGGGAUUUAUGGCGAUAUUUCCAUCUCGUCACUGUCUAUGAUUUUGUUUAUUGGUGGACUGUGAAUUAAUAGGAGCUGUAUAGAACUCUAUUGGAUUUAGUAUUUGAUGGGGGAAAGAAAAUUGAAUUUCGGUGCACCACUUCUGUCUGUUAGGCGAUUUUCUUCACAGUCAGCAUCUGAAGAUAGGAGGAAUAGGAAAAUAAUUGAGCAUCUUCUGCCUGACAGACAACUUUCUCUUCCUUUUUAUCAAUCGGAAUUGGAUUUGGUUCAAGUAACAGAACGUGUUACAGUUCCUUUUCACUGGGAGAAGAUACCAGGAAGAGCCAAGGAUGGUAGCGGACCUGAACCUUCGCCUUCUGAGGAGGCCUCUGUUACUCCUAGGCUUCCUCCUGCAAGGUUUAUGAAUAUUACAAAGCUGCCUUCAGAAAAGGAAUGUGACAAUACAAAUAGCUUGUGGGGUCAAAUUGUCCCAUAUACUUCAACUGACAAGGAGUGCUCCAGAGAGGGGAUAAAUGAGAAAGGGGGCUUGGGUUUGGAGGACGAUGAUGAUGUGUAUUCUGAUGCACAUGACACACUGUCUCCUACGGAUUCAUUCUCAAUGAACUACAGUGCUAGUGGUCUAAGUGGAUCUGAUGGUCCAGAUGUGAAGCCUUCUGGGACCUUCUCUACAGAUCCACAAACUCUAGAUUUUAUGAUGAGUCGCUUCUUACCCGCAGCCAGGGCAAUGGCUUUACAGCCACCUCAAUAUGCUUCAAGGAAACAAGGUGCUUCCCUUGAGCAACCUAGAAAAGUUAACAGAGUAGCUAGUGAGGAUAGAUGGCAUUUACUAAAUCAAAAUGGGUCUAACAUAAUACCGUUAUAUAGCCAAAAUGAAGAUGAAGAAGAAAGUGAGGAUGAAGAUGAUGAGUACGACACUUCUGGUAAUAACUCAGCUAAAGUUUGUGGGCUAUUUCCCGGAUUAUGCUUUAAGAAUUCUCUUUGCCUCUUAAGCCCAGUGCCAGUGAUGAAAGUUGGGACCCUAUCUCAUGUGUCUUCCACACGUGAGAUUGUAAGACCAAGGAGAACUGUUCGAUCUCAAAGUCAAAUUGUCCAAAAGCAUGCUUGGAAUGCUGUGGAUAAGUCCCAAUCAGACUAUAGAGUUCGAUCAGGUGAACUGCAGAAGGUUGAUAAAAAGCGGAAUGGUGAAUAUAGUCGAUUAACACGUUCUGGAGACCUGCAAACAUUGGGUAGGUCUUCUCCAUACACACGUUCACAGGGUGCUGGAGUGUCUCCCUACAGGAAUGAAGCACCUCAGUCUCCCUUUCGCAGUGUCAGUUUCCUUGGCCUUCCCAAAGAAAUUGAGAAUCUCAAGGCCAAUAGGUUUAGUUUGUGUAAUGAAGGCAGCAAUAAAAAUAAGCAAAGGUCAGGUCCAAUGUGCCCUGCAGUUGAGAAGACACUGUAUGUAGACACUGUGAACAAUGCAAAAUUAGCAUUUUCAAAUUCAAGCUCCUCAGUCACCCAGGAAUGGACAGACUCUGCUCAUGAGGAUGUGGAAAAGUCUUUAGAGAGAAGAGGGUCGGAAGAUACUACUAACACAAAAUCCAUUUUCCAAGAUAUAAAAUGCCUAAAUAUUUCAAAUAAAGGAGCCACAUUAGAUACCUUUGUGUCUGUUGAUGCUGAUAUAUCUUCUUUGUCUGCAAUAUCACAUCCGAAAGGCCAAGAAGUCACAAUUGAGGACUCUGGACAGAAUCAAGGGAUUGAUAGAAGAUCUAGCCUGGAAUGCUCAAAACUGACUACUGUUGGACAUCUAAAUAUCAGCAGUGAUCAGAUUCUUAAAGCAGAUGGUCCAGGAAAUGCUGAUGCUAGUUCUGUAUCCAUCCACCCUCCUUUACCAAAGUCACCUUCUGAUUCUUGGCUUUGGCGUACACUGCCUAUUCUGCCUUCCAUUUCCUCACGAAAGCAGGAAUAUAAGACAUCAUCCACUAAUACCAAGUGGGAAGCAAUUGUAAAAUCAUCUCAUUUGCAUCACGAUCAUGUUCGUUAUUCAGAGGAGUUAAUUACUCAUAUCCCAGCAACCCAAAACCUACUGCAGAGGCCCCCCUGAGAAGUGCUUAUGCUUCUUGGCUUGUUUGGGAAGUCUGCUUUUGAAAGGGAAAAAUCUAGUAUAUUUCUUCCUUCCUAUUAUUUCACCUGGUGGUUCUUCUACACCUAGCUUCUUCUCAUGUGUUAGAUCUUGUGGUGCAUGCUAUGGGGCCUGGCAGCUUUAGAAACAUAAAUCUCAAGGCAUCUGCGGUUCUUUCUUUUCUUGGUUCUGUCAAGAACACGGAGGAAAUACCAUGUAAAAUAAUAAUUGUUGCUGUAAUUUUUCUGAAAAAUAAAAAUAAAAAUUGCAAGGGAUGUAGUAAUUUAUCUCAUUCUAGUUCAAUUUUAUGAAUAUUGGCCGUGGUGUUCUGAAAAUAAAGUCUCUGAUAGUAUUCAAUAAAAUUCAAGUUGUUUUUAUUUA